AAUAGCUUUAUUAAUAGAAAUCCAGAGAUCCUCUCUAAUUCGAGGGAGAUGAUUAGGAAGGCUUCCUUGGUGUCACCAAUCUCCGCUAUCCCCGAACGAGCGUACCUUCCUGUAUCAUUUUUUCCCAAG